UGUAGUAGAGGUGUCUGAGGAACCUGUCAUCAACUUUUUGUCAAUGAGUCAGGAGAACUUGGCUGCUGUCACUUCUAGCCGAACAGCUGGAUAACACAUUUCAUCAUUCCGUUCCGAGGGUCUCCAAACAAGACUCAACAGAACCAGUAUGGAAAUAUUCCCUCAGAUUCCGGUGAUUAAGUGAUUUACUAGAAAAUAGCACAUGCCUUUUUUCCAACAUCAAAACUCUCUUUGCAUGUUUUUCUUCAUUCUUACCUCAGGCUAAACAACUGAUAUCCUAACUGAUUCCAGAUGUGAGGAGAAAGAGCAGUGAGACACAGUACAUGUGACAUACCAUCAUAUUUGUUUGUUUCUGGCUCAUCCAUGGUAGUUAAUGUGUAAUCUUGAUAGACCGUUUUAGGCGUGGUGGUGGUGGUGCUUGACGCCUUUGGCAUAUAUUGUCGAGAUCUGUGAGAGGGUACAGAGUCUGAAGCAGGACAGCAAGUUCUCUUUGCUUGCCUCUCUCUUUGGGGUUCCUCAGAAGUACGAGACAUGGGCAAAGGAGUGUUCAUGUCCAAGAGCCUGGCAAUAGCCAUUGGGGUCCUUACGGUCUCCUCUGUUUGCGGUGUUGUGGCGAUGCUUGUGGUCUACAGAAUCCAAAUAGCAAGAAAUCCUCCAAAGCCUCCACCAACUCUACAAACUACAACGCCUAUCCCAACUGAACCACCGGCAAAUCUUAGACUCCCUGACCAUUUGAUUCCGGAGAGCUACGAGGUGUUCCUCCAACCGUACCUUUACGUAGAGCUGCCUGACAACAGCACGGAACAAUCCUUCAUUUUCAAGGGAAACUCGACUGUGAGGUUAAAGUGCGUCAAAAACUCCAAAAGCAUCUUUCUUCAUGUACGGGGCCUCAAUGUCACAGAUGUGAGAGUGACAAGCACUGAUUUCGGUAAGGUGCUAUCAGUGAGUCACUAUGAAAUACAUCAGAAUGAAAGUAAUUUCCUGGAGAUUCAGCUCGAGGACAUGUUACUUGGAAAUGGGAGCCGCUAUGAGCUUUUCACUGCGUUCGAGGGAGAACUUCUGGAUGAUUUGUCUGGGUUUUAUGUGAGCCAGUACACAGUAAAAGGAAAAGAAGACAAGGAAGAAGUGAGAUUCCUUGCCACAAGCCAGAUGCAGCCAACAGAUGCCAGACAAGUAUUUCCUUGCUUUGAUGAGCCAGCUUUGAAAGCUGUGUUUAAUAUUACCAUUAUCCACAGACCUAAAACCACUGCGCUGUCUAACACCAAAGGAGUGCCAGUUUUUAAGACAAUAGAUGGAGAAAAAUGGCAUGUUACUACAUUUAGUCCGACCCCUGUCAUGUCAACCUAUCUAUUGGCUUUCACCGUAUCUAAUUUUAUGGGUAAAGGGGGCUAUCCAUCAAAAAUAACAACAUAUGCUCGAGCGGAUGCUGUUAUUGCUGGACAUGCUGAUUAUGCAACUCAAAUGACAGAAAAGAUUUUGAAUUUCUACGAGACAACAUUUGGAUUGAAAUACCCAUUAGACAAACUAGAUCAAAUUGCCGUGCCGGACUUCAGUGCUGGAGCGAUGGAAAACUGGGGUUUGAUUUCAUACCAGGAGUCAGGUCUACUGCUUGAGGACGACACAUCAUCUAACUUUGAUAAAGAAUGGGUGGCCACUCUUAUUGCUCAUGAAUUAGCACAUCAGUGGUUUGGAAACCUUGUCACGAUGAGAUGGUGGAAUGACCUGUGGCUGAAUGAAGGAUUUGCAACAUACAUGUCAUACAUGGGAGUGGAAGCUGCUGAUUGGAACUUAAAAGAUCUGAUCGUUCUCAAAGAAAUCCAUUCCGCUUUUCAAGUGGACUCCUUGAACUCUUCCCAUCCAUUGAGCUUACCUGAAAGUGAUAUUGAAACUUACUCUGACAUCAUAGAACUUUUUGAUGACAUCACCUACAGCAAGGGUGCUGCUGUGUUGAGAAUGUUGUCUACAUAUAUAGGAGAAGAAGAAUUUAUGAAUGCAAUUAAAACAUAUCUUCGCAAGUUCCAGUACAUGAACCCUGUAUACAAAGAUCUUUGGGAAUGUCUGCAAGAGGAGACGAAAAAGGACGUGGAAGCCUUUAUGAGCACAUGGACUGAGCAAGUGGGCUACCCGGUGAUCACCAUUACAACCCAGACGGGCGAGAUCUCUCAGGAACAGUUCUUUCUGAAGCAGACAGAGGGCCAUGGAAUUCCAUGGCAGGUUCAUAUAAUAUACUUUAAGUCUGAUUCUAUGCAAGUGAACGAGUACUUACUGAAAGACAAAGGUCCAGUGCCAAAUCCGAAUUUUCAAGUUGGCAAAGAUGAAUGGAUUCUUGCCAACAUCAACUGUACUGGUUUCUACCGUGUGAACUACGAUGAUGAAAAUUGGAAUAAACUACUCAUGCAACUUGAAAGCAAUCAUCAUGUCAUUCCAGUCAUCAGCCGAGGGCAACUUAUUGAUGAUGCAUUUAAUCUUGCAAGGGCUGGACGUCUCAAUGUCACUACAGGACUAAGUUUAACCAAAUUCCUGAAAAAUGAUACCGAGUAUAUACCAUGGGAGUCAGCGCUAAAAAACCUGGACUACUUCAUCCUUAUGUUUGAUCGAUCUGAGGUCUACGGUCCGAUAACGAAAUACCAACGCAAUCAAGUCAAACCACUAUAAGAGUACUUUGAGACAUACAAUGAGAAUGGAACCGUUCCUGAGAAACACACUGACCAAUAUAACCAGGUAAACGCUAUUACAGUCGCCUGCAGCAACGGCCUUCCUGAGUGUCUAUCAAUGGCUACGAGUCUGUUCAGACAAUACAGGAAUAACACAAAUCCAAUUCAUCCAAAUUUAAGGAGGGCCAUAUAUUGCAGUGCAAUAGCAGCAGGGGACGAGGAUGACUGGGAGUUUGCUUGGGAAGAGUUUCAAAGAGCUACAGUCGCCGGAGAGAAGGACAAACUGAGAUAUGCUCUAUCAUGUACCAAAGAAAUAUGGUUGCUUAACAGAUACCUUCAGUACACUCUUGACCCUACCAAGAUAAAAAAGAUGGAUGUGGUCUCUACCAUAAACUACAUUGCCAAAAAUGUUGCCGGACAGCCUCUUGCCUGGGAUUUUGUUCGUGGCCAGUGGUCCUAUUUGACACAAGAGUUAGUUUCAGCUUUAAUGAUUAUUUUAAGCAAUUCGUUUAGCUCACAUUUGUUUAAGUAUUCAAAAACAUUUUGUGGCCACACUGUUCCAUGCUACACCACGUUUAACACCAAAGCAGUAUCAAAGAUCAUUAGCAAUGUAGGGUCCAAAGGCUGGUUUCACAGCAAUAAAGGCAGUAUAAUCCUAAUUGUCUCAAAGAUAAUCUCUCAGUUGCCGGGAAAUCUUAUGUAUUCUCUUCCCUAUGCUUAUGUGACUAACCGUCAUCUGUAUUGGGCAGGUACGGAGCUGGAAUCAUAUCUUUCAACAGUCUGUUAGAUAGCGUGACAAAGAGAUUCUCCACAGACUUUGAACUCCAACAGCUGAAGCAGCUACAGAGAGAACUGGAAGAGAAAGAUCACGAGUUUGUGACUCGCACUUUGGAGCAGGUCAUCGAAAGGACAGAGGCAAAUAUUAAGUGGGUGACAGAAAACAAGCAGAUUGUUUUGGACUGGUUCAGUGGAGAGCUGAAGAACUACUGAGAUUUUGGAGCUCUGUAUAAUCGGAGCGUACACAGUGGAGCCAGUACAAUGAGAAACAGAUGUAAAGGCAUUCCACAAUGAUGGCAACAUCCCUGUGGUUCUGUGCUGCUUUUAAACACAACAAGUCGUUCACGGGGAAAUGAUUUAAAAGUGCAAUUAGCUAUAUAACACGUUCCCUGUGCCAAAUGCAAAAAAAGGGUAAACGCCAUCUUUUGUGUACGCUAUAGAGAAAAGGCCGA